GCUGCACAAGGGAAGGAAAGGAGCCUAAAGUGUGAGCCGGGCCUGCGGCCACAACUUCUGGUUCUCUCCCGUCCUCCUUCCAUCUUCUUACAGGGGUCCCCACCUCAGGACUUUUCCUGCAGGCUGCGAGAGGAACCACAGUUCGUGGCCGCUUGCCUCCUGGGGAGGAUAACUCUCCUCCCAUCCACUCAAGAUGCUCAGGGGUCCGGGACCCGGGCGGCUGCUGCUGCUGGCAGUGCUGUGCCUGGGGACGUCGGUGCGCUGCACCGAAGCCGGGAAGAGCAAGAGACAGGCUCAGCAAAUUGUGCAGCCUCAGUCUCCGGUGGCUGUCAGUCAGAGCAAGCCUGGCUGUUUUGACAAUGGGAAGCACUAUCAGAUAAAUCAGCAGUGGGAACGGACCUACCUAGGCAACGCCCUGGUUUGUACCUGCUAUGGAGGAAGCCGAGGUUUUAACUGCGAGAGUAAACCUGAGCCUGAAGAGACUUGUUUUGACAAAUAUACUGGGAACACUUACAAAGUGGGUGACACUUACGAGCGCCCUAAAGAUUCCAUGAUCUGGGACUGUACCUGCAUCGGGGCUGGGCGAGGCAGGAUCAGCUGUACCAUUGCAAAUCGCUGCCAUGAAGGGGGUCAGUCCUACAAGAUUGGUGACAAGUGGAGGAGGCCACAUGAGACUGGUGGCUACAUGUUAGAGUGUUUGUGUCUGGGAAAUGGAAAAGGAGAAUGGACCUGCAAACCUAUAGCUGAGAAAUGUUUUGAUCAUGCUGCUGGGACUUCCUACGUCGUGGGGGAGACCUGGGAAAAACCCUACCAAGGAUGGAUGAUGGUGGACUGUACUUGUCUAGGAGAAGGCAACGGACGUAUCACCUGUACCUCCAGAAACAGAUGCAAUGAUCAGGACACCCGGACGUCCUAUAGAAUUGGAGACACGUGGAGCAAGAAGGACAACCGAGGAAACCUGCUACAGUGUGUCUGCACGGGCAACGGCAGAGGGGAGUGGAAGUGUGAGAGACACGCUCUACAGAGUGCUUCAGCUGGAUCUGGCUCCUUCACUGACGUCCGAACAGCUAUUUACCAACCCCCGACUCACCCCCAGCCCGCUCCGUAUGGCCACUGUGUCACAGACAGUGGUGUCGUCUACUCGGUGGGAAUGCAGUGGCUGAAGUCUCAAGGAAACAAGCAAAUGCUGUGCACUUGCCUGGGCAAUGGAGUCAGCUGCCAGGAGACAGCUGUGACCCAGACUUAUGGUGGCAAUUCAAACGGAGAGCCCUGUGUCCUCCCGUUCACCUACAACGGUAGGACCUUCUAUUCCUGCACCGCCGAAGGGCGGCAAGACGGACAUCUGUGGUGUAGCACAACUUCAAAUUAUGAAAAAGACCAGAAGUAUUCUUUCUGCACAGACCACGCGGUUUUGGUUCAGACUCGAGGUGGAAAUUCCAAUGGUGCUCUGUGCCACUUCCCCUUCCUGUACAACAACCGUAAUUACACCGACUGUACUUCUGAGGGUCGGAGGGACAACAUGAAAUGGUGUGGCACCACCCAGAACUAUGAUGCUGAUCAGAAGUUUGGAUUCUGCCCUAUGGCUGCCCAUGAGGAGAUCUGCACAACCAAUGAAGGGGUCAUGUAUCGCAUUGGGGACCAGUGGGAUAAGCAGCAUGACUUGGGCCACAUGAUGAGGUGCACGUGUGUUGGGAAUGGCCGUGGAGAAUGGUCCUGCAUCCCCUACUCCCAGCUCCGAGAUCAGUGCAUCGUUGAUGACAUCACUUACAAUGUGAACGACACAUUCCACAAGCGUCACGAGGAGGGACAUAUGCUGAACUGUACCUGCUUCGGUCAGGGCCGGGGCAGAUGGAAGUGUGACCCCAUCGACCAGUGCCAAGACUCAGAGACCCGGACAUUUUACCAGAUUGGUGACUCCUGGGAGAAGUUUGUGCAUGGUGUCCGAUACCAGUGUUACUGCUAUGGCCGUGGCAUUGGAGAGUGGCACUGUCAACCUCUGCAGACCUACCCAGGCACAACUGGACCUGUUCAAGUAAUUAUCACAGAGACCCCCAGCCAGCCCAAUUCCCACCCCAUCCAGUGGAAUGCCCCGGAGCCUUCACAUAUCACCAAGUACAUCCUCAGAUGGAGACCUAAAACCUCUUCGGGUCGCUGGAAGGAAGCUACCAUUCCAGGCCACCUUAACUCCUAUACCAUCAAAGGCCUGACCCCAGGUGUCAUCUAUGAGGGACAGCUCAUCAGCAUACAGCAGUACGGACACAGAGAAGUGACUCGCUUUGACUUCACCACCAGCGCCAGCACGCCUGUGACCAGCAACACAGUGACCGGAGAGACCACGCCCUUUUCUCCCGUUGUGGCCACUUCCGAAUCUGUAACUGAAAUCACAGCCAGCAGCUUUGUGGUCUCGUGGGUCUCAGCUUCCGACACCGUGUCAGGAUUCCGGGUGGAGUAUGAGCUGAGCGAGGAGGGAGAUGAGCCACAGUACCUUGAUCUUCCAAGCACAGCCACUUCUGUAAACAUCCCUGACCUGCUCCCAGGCAGAAAGUACAUUGUCAAUGUCUAUCAGAUAUCUGAAGAGGGAAAGCAGAGCUUGAUCCUGUCUACAUCACAGACUACAGCACCUGAUGCUCCUCCAGACCCGACUGUGGACCAGGUUGAUGAUACUUCCAUUGUUGUUCGAUGGAGUAGACCCCAGGCACCUAUCACAGGGUACAGAAUUGUCUAUUCACCUUCAGUAGAAGGCAGCAGCACAGAACUCAACCUUCCUGAAACAGCUAACUCCGUCACCCUCAGUGACCUGCAGCCUGGUGUUCAGUACAACAUCACUAUCUAUGCUGUGGAGGAAAACCAGGAGAGCACGCCCGUUUUCAUCCAACAAGAGACAACUGGCACCCCACGAUCUGAUAAUGUUCCACCUCCGAAGGAUCUACAGUUUGUGGAAGUGACAGAUGUGAAAGUCACCAUCAUGUGGACUCCUCCUGAUAGUGCAGUGUCUGGAUACCGUGUGGACGUCCUGCCUGUCAGCCUGCCUGGGGAACAUGGGCAGAGGCUGCCUGUCAACAGGAACACCUUUGCUGAAAUCACCGGGCUGUCCCCUGGGGUCACAUACCUCUUUAAAGUCUUUGCUGUGCAUCAGGGCAAGGAAAGCAAUCCUCUGACAGCACAACAGACCACCAAACUUGAUGCUCCCACUAACCUUCAGUUUGUCAAUGAAACUGACAGAACAGUUAUGGUAACGUGGACUCCACCUCGAGCUCGAAUAGCAGGCUACCGACUGACCACCGGCCUGACCCGGGGAGGCCAGCCCAAGCAGUACAAUGUGGGACCCUUGGCCUCCAAGUAUCCCCUGAGAAAUCUACAGCCUGGGUCUGAGUACACUGUGACCUUGGUGGCUGUGAAAGGCAACCAGCAGAGUCCCAAAGCCACUGGAGUCUUUACUACCCUGCAGCCUCUGCGUUCCAUUCCACCUUACAACACGGAGGUGACAGAGACCACGAUCGUGAUCACCUGGACCCCCGCCCCAAGGAUUGGCUUCAAGCUGGGUGUACGACCAAGCCAGGGAGGUGAAGCACCCCGAGAAGUGACUUCAGACUCAGGAAGCAUCGUUGUGUCUGGCCUGACUCCAGGCGUGGAAUACACUUACACCAUCCAAGUCCUGAGAGAUGGCCAGGAGAGAGAUGCACCAAUUGUCAACAGAGUAGUGACACCGCUGUCCCCACCAACCAACUUGCAUCUGGAGGCAAACCCUGACACUGGAGUGCUUACUGUCUCCUGGGAGAGGAGCACCACCCCAGAUAUUACUGGGUACAGAAUAACCACUACCCCCACCAACGGGCAGCAGGGGACCGCUCUGGAAGAAGUGGUUCAUGCCGAUCAGAGUUCCUGCACUUUUGAAAACCUGAAUCCAGGCCUGGAGUACAAUGUCAGUGUUUACACUGUCAAAGAUGACAAGGAAAGUGCCCCUAUCUCUGAUACCGUCAUCCCAGCUGUCCCUCCUCCCACGGAUCUGCGAUUCACCAAUAUUGGUCCAGACACUAUGCGGGUCACUUGGGCCCCACCUCCAUCCAUCGAGCUGACCAACCUCUUGGUGCGCUACUCACCUGUGAAGAAUGAGGAGGACGUUGCAGAGUUGUCCAUUUCACCUUCAGACAAUGCCGUGGUCCUAACAAAUCUCCUGCCUGGAACCGAAUACCUCGUCAGUGUCUCCAGCGUCUACGAACAACACGAGAGCAUCCCUCUCCGAGGAAGGCAGAAGACAGGUCUUGAUUCCCCAACUGGUUUUGAUUCUUCUGAUAUCACUGCCAACUCAUUCACUGUCCACUGGGUGGCUCCUCGGGCCCCCAUCACGGGCUACAUAAUCCGCCAUCAUGCCGAGCAUUCUGCCGGAAGACCCAGGCAAGAUCGAGUGCCGCCCUCCAGGAAUUCUAUCACCCUCACCAACCUUAAUCCGGGCACAGAGUAUGUUGUCAGCAUCAUUGCUGUUAACGGCAGAGAGGAGAGCCCCCCACUGAUUGGCCAGCAAUCGACAGUUUCUGAUAUUCCGAGAGAUCUGGAGGUCAUCGCUUCCACUCCCACCAGCCUGCUCAUCAGUUGGGAACCCCCUGCUGUCUCUGUGCGCUAUUACAGAAUCACCUACGGAGAGACAGGAGGAAAUAGCCCUGUCCAGGAGUUCACUGUGCCCGGAAGCAAGUCCACAGCAACCAUCAACAACAUUAAACCAGGAGCAGACUACACCAUCACCCUGUAUGCUGUCACUGGCCGUGGGGACAGUCCAGCAAGCAGCAGGCCAGUUUCCAUCAAUUAUCAAACAGAAAUUGACAAGCCAUCCCAGAUGCAGGUGACCGAUGUCCAGGACAACAGCAUUAGUGUCAGGUGGCUGCCUUCAAGUUCUCCUGUGACGGGUUACAGAGUGACCACCACUCCCAAAAAUGGCCUAGGACCAUCAAAAACUAAAACUGCCAGUCCAGAUCAAACAGAAAUGACCAUUGAAGGUUUGCAACCCACAGUGGAGUAUGUGGUUAGUGUCUAUGCUCAGAACCGGAAUGGAGAAAGCCAGCCUCUGGUUCAAACUGCAGUAACCAACAUUGAUCGCCCUAAAGGACUGGCAUUCACUGACGUGGAUGUCGAUUCCAUCAAAAUUGCUUGGGAAAGCCCACAGGGGCAAGUUUCCAGGUACAGGGUGACCUACUCGAGCCCUGAGGAUGGAAUCCAUGAGCUUUUCCCUGCACCUGAUGGUGAAGACGACACUGCAGAGCUGCAAGGCCUCAGGCCGGGUUCUGAGUACACAGUCAGUGUGGUUGCCUUGCACGAUGAUAUGGAGAGCCAGCCCCUGAUUGGAAUCCAGUCCACAGCCAUUCCUGCGCCAACCAAUCUGAAGUUCACUCAGGUGACACCCACCAGCUUGACUGCUCAGUGGAUAGCGCCCAAUGUUCAGCUCACUGGCUACCGAGUGCGGGUGACCCCGAAGGAGAAGACAGGACCAAUGAAAGAAAUCAACCUUUCUCCAGACAGCUCAUCAGUGAUUGUAUCAGGGCUCAUGGUGGCCACCAAGUAUGAAGUCAGUGUCUAUGCUCUCAAGGACACACUGACAAGCAGACCAGCUCAGGGAGUUGUCACAACUCUGGAGAAUGUCAGCCCUCCAAGAAGGGCCCGUGUGACAGACGCUACAGAGACCACCAUCACUAUUAGCUGGAGAACAAAGACGGAGACAAUCACUGGCUUCCAAGUCGAUGCCAUCCCAGCCAAUGGCCAGACCCCAGUUCAGAGGACCAUCAGCCCGGAUGUCAGAAGCUAUACUAUUACAGGUUUACAGCCGGGCACUGACUACAAGAUCCACCUGUACACGCUGAACGACAAUGCCCGAAGCUCUCCUGUGAUCAUCGAUGCCUCCACUGCCAUUGAUGCGCCCUCCAACCUGCGGUUCCUGACCACCACACCCAACUCCUUGCUGGUAUCAUGGCAGGCACCUCGUGCCAGGAUUACUGGCUACAUUAUCAAGUAUGAGAAGCCUGGAUCCCCUCCCAGAGAAGUGGUCCCUCGGCCCCGCCCCGGUGUCACAGAGGCCACCAUCACUGGUCUAGAGCCAGGAACCGAGUACACCAUCUACGUCAUUGCCUUGAAGAACAAUCAGAAGAGUGAACCCUUGAUUGGGAGGAAAAAGACAGAUGAGCUUCCCCAACUGGUUACCCUACCACACCCCAAUCUUCAUGGACCAGAGAUCUUGGAUGUUCCCUCCACAGUUCAAAAGACCCCCUUCAUCACCAACCCUGGGUAUGACACCGAAAAUGGUAUUCAGCUUCCUGGCACAACCCACCAACAACCCAGUGUUGGGCAACAAAUGAUCUUUGAGGAACAUGGCUUUAGGCGGACUACGCCACCCACUGCGGCCACCCCCGUCAGGCUUAGGCCAAGACCAUACCUGCCGAAUGUAGAUGAGGAGGUCCAAAUCGGUCAUGUUCCCAGGGGAGACGUAGACUACCACCUCUACCCUCAUGUUCCGGGGCUCAAUCCAAAUGCCUCUACAGGACAAGAAGCUCUCUCUCAGACAACCAUCUCUUGGACGCCAUUCCAGGAGAGUUCUGAGUACAUCAUUUCAUGCCAACCUGUUGGCACCGACGAAGAGCCCUUACAGUUCCAAGUUCCUGGAACUUCUACCAGUGCAACUCUGACUGGCCUUACCAGAGGGGUCACCUACAAUAUCAUAGUGGAGGCACUGCAAAACCAGAGGAGGCACAAGGUUCGGGAAGAGGUUGUUACUGUGGGCAACACUGUCAACGAAGGCCUGAACCAACCUACAGACGACUCAUGCUUUGACCCUUACACGGUUUCCCAUUACGCGAUUGGAGAGGAAUGGGAGCGGUUGUCUGACUCUGGCUUUAAGCUCACAUGCCAGUGCUUGGGCUUUGGCAGUGGUCAUUUCAGAUGCGAUUCAUCUAAAUGGUGCCAUGACAACGGUGUGAAUUACAAGAUUGGAGAGAAGUGGGAUCGUCAGGGUGAAAAUGGCCAGCGGAUGAGCUGCACGUGUCUCGGGAACGGAAAGGGAGAAUUCAAGUGUGAUCCCCAUGAAGCAACAUGUUAUGAUGACGGGAAGACCUACCAUGUAGGAGAACAGUGGCAGAAGGAAUAUCUCGGAGCCAUUUGCUCCUGCACAUGUUUCGGAGGCCAGCGGGGUUGGCGCUGUGACAACUGCCGCAGACCCGGGGCUGCUGAACCCAGUCCCGAUGGCUCUACUGGCCACACCUACAACCAGUAUACACAGAGAUAUCAUCAGAGAACGAACACUAAUGUAAAUUGCCCCAUUGAAUGCUUCAUGCCGUUAGAUGUGCAGGCCGACAGAGACGAUUCCAGAGAGUAAUCUUUCCAGCCCAAACCAACAAGUGUCUCUCUACCAAGGUCAAUCCACACCCCAGUGAUGUUAGCAGACCCUCCAUCUUCGAGUGGUCAUUUCACCCUUAAGUCUUUUGCUCUGGAGUCAAGUUCUCAGCUUCUGCUCAACGUACAGCUAGCUUCUCCAAGCAUCACCCUGCCGGAUGUUUUGAGACUUCUCUCCUAAAUGGUGACAGCUGGUUGCCCUGCUCUGCUUCAGGGUAUUCAGUACUGCUCAGUAUUGUUUAAGAGAAUCAAAAGUUCUUGUGAUUUGGUCUGGGAUGGAUAGGAAAACACAGGUAGCCAACCAAGAUGAAACGUACUGAAUGAUAGUUCCCAAGAUCUUGAGCAGGAAAGUUACCCAGACACUUCUGCUUUCUUCUGCCACCAGGCCUGCAGCACUGUCAGGAGGCAUGUCCUGUGGCUGUGUGUUCAAACACCCCACAGGACUCACAUUGUCCCAACAAUUCAAAUUGCCUAGAAAUAUCUUUCUCUUACCUGUUAUUUAUCAAUUUUUCCCAGUAUUUUUAUACGGAAAAAAUUGUGUUGAAGACACUUUGUAUGCAGUUGAUAAGAGGAAUUCAGUAUAAUUAUGGUUGGUGAUUAUUUUUAUAUGUACAUGCCAACGCUUUACUACUGUGGAAAGACAAGUGUUUUAAUAAAGAUUUACAUUCUAUGA